AUGGAGGACCGGAAGAGGUCUGCCGUGAGUGAUGAGCUGGCUCCCCCCAGCAAGCGCGUUGCCGUCAAUGGCUCCAAGGCCAAGGACGAACCCGUCGAUAUGAGGGAGGAGAUCUGGGUUGAUCUUGUCGAGCGGCUUCAACUUAUGGCCGAGCGCACCGUCACAAAAACUGCCGACUCUUCAGCCGAUCCGCCGUACCUGAGCAGUGUCAGCUUCAAGGACGUACCCGAGUUUGAGAGCCACCUGCAGGAAAAGGAGAAGACGAUACUGUCCAAAGUAGAGACAUUCCUGACCUACCUGGCGGCCAACCGAGGCCAGAUACCCCCCGAGGUCUCCAAGUUGGAAGCCAAGAUCAGCAGCCUACUAGCGUCGGAAAAGGCCUUCUUCGUCAAGCUCGACCGCCUACACGCCGAGAAGGAGGACCUUUCGGAGCAACUCAAUGCCGCGACGCUACGAUACUUCAAGGCCGAGAAGAAGCUAGACCGCGCAAAGAGUGCACAGGUGCAAAAGUUGGAGCAGCAAGCCUUCGCCAACGCGACCCGCCCAGCAGGUGCACCAGGCGAUGGCGCCGAAGCCAAGAAAGAGGAGGCCAACGGCAACAGCAGCGAGCUUCUGCUCAAGUACGAAGAGGCUACGGCUGCCGCGACGAAGCAAAAGGAGCAGCUGGACAAGAUCUUGGCCGAAAUCAAGGUCAUACAGGAGGAAAAUACGUCGCUCAAGGUGAGGCGAGAGGCAUGGUCUGAUGAGGAUCUGGUACGAUCAGACGUCUUCAAGCAGUUCAAGAUUCAGAACGAGGACCUCAUCAAGCGCUUAAACAGCCUCGAGGCGUCGAACAAGCAACUGAGAGAGGAGGCCGAGGCGAUGCGAGCUGAUCGAUCAGCGUUCCGCGCCCAGCUUGAGGCGGAUGCGAACCACGUUACACAAGAACUCGAGGCGGAAAUAGUGUCUCGGGACCAGGACCUGGCCCGAGUCCGGUCCGCGCGAGAUGAGAUCCUGGCCGACAACACACAGCGAAAGGCCAGCAUGGACCAAGAGAAGGUAGCAAUGGAGCAGAUCAAGGAGCUGGCGUCGGCCAAGGACGAGCGCAUCUCAGCCCUGGAAUCGGAGCUCUCGCGCCUGCAACGGAACAACGACAUCGAAAUGACGGAAACCGAGGACGUUGCCGAGCUGUCGGUCGAGGACCUUCGCGCGAAGUACAAGAAGCUGCAGGCUGAUUUCCGGUCCAUCAACCAAGAGCUGCCGUCGAUAGAAAAGGCCUACAAGAGGAUGAAGGACCUGGCGCAGAAGAAGGUCAUGGACUUUGCGGCUCUGGAGGAGCGGGUAUCUCUGCUGAUUGCGGAGAAGAGCAAGGCCGACCAAAAGUACUUUGCGGCGCGCAAGGACGCCGACACGAGGAACAACGAGAUCCGAUCACUACGGCACCAGAACGGCAAAAGUUCGGAGAUUAUUGCUCAACUCAAGGACCACGAGGCACUCAACCGGACGCUGCUCGGAAACCUGGAGAAGCAGCUCUCGGACCUUCGCCAGGCCAACGCCAUGCUGGUGACGGAGAAUAAGAGGCUCGAGUCGGCGCAUCAGGAGGCUGUGCGGCUCCGCGGGUCGCUGAACAAACAGGUGGGCGAUCUCACCAACCUGGUCAAGUCCAAGGACGCCGCGUCAGCCGUGGUGCGGGAGCGUAACGCGACGCAGGAGACAGAGGUGGAGAAGCUCAAGGUCCGGCUCGAGACGAUGCAGAAGGACCGCGACAACUGGAAGAGCAAGGCACUGAGCAACUCGUCGGAAGAGGAGGAGAUGCUUCGGACGUUUGCGCUGUGUACCAUCUGCCGCAACAACUUCAAGAACACGGCCUUGAAGACGUGCGGACACCUGUUCUGCAACAAGUGCAUCGAAGACCGAAUCAGCAACCGUAUGCGAAAGUGCCCCACGUGCUCUCGAUCAUUUGACAAGAUGGAUGUCAUGGCUGUGCACGCCUAA